GUCUGCGCAGUAAUGAGAGUUUCUAUUGGACAACUGGCUUAUUCGUCAGCGGUUCUCACUCCUCUCCUGAUCGGCGCGUCAAUGAAUUCUGCGGUCCCCCAGACCUCCUUGCAAAGCUGGGUGUUCUGGAACUUAAAUAGGGAGGCCGGAUACUGUGAACAGGCCUGCUGUUACUGAGCUUCGUUCGCUUUUUUUAGGCAUGCUAGCUUUUAUCGAAUGGAAUUUCCAGAUUUGAACCUCUUGUUUAUGUGAACUAGUGUGAUAACGUAUUUUCACAGCAAUUUGACAGAACAAAAGAAAGAGUAAUGAUAAGGAGACAUUUAGAAACGAAACUUGCAUUUCUUUUCAACCCUUUUUUGUUUUGGGUUCUUUCGAGCAAUAGUUAUUUUUGGAUUUUAACAGUAUAUGAUUAGCUUGUGAUUUGACCUCUCUGGUUACAUUUACAUUAUUAAAACCAUUUACAGGUCAUCAGCACUAAUCCCACCCCUAUGAGCACUAUGUCAGCAUUUGGUUCCAGUAUACUUUCCAGUAUGUUAAAAUCAAGGAAGCCUUUCCUUAUAUGCCAUUAUCGGACAUUUCCAGCUUUUUUAGUUCUUCAGUGCCCUUCUAAUGCUUCAAGGAAAACCCUGCAUUUAAAAAGCAAGCCGGAACUCCACUGCACAUCGCCACACUUGAGCACUUUUUGUUUUUGCACUCAUGCAUUUCAUACUUCUUGCUUUUUGCUCCAAGAGGCAAAGUCUGGAAUUGAUGAUUUUACUUCUCCAAAGAAUGAAACACCGGUGUCUGCCGCAGCGUCUACUGCAACACCCACCACAUCUAAUUCUCAAGAAAAAGUAGUAGUAAAGAAGUCUUGGAAGCAGACCAUUGUGAAUGAACUCAAACAUUACUAUAAUGGAUUUCGCCAGUUAGGAAUUGACACCAACAUUGCAGCUCGCAUGGUCUGGAGGCUAUUGCAUGGUCAGCAGCUUACAAGGAGAGAGAGGAGAAGGCUUCUCAGAACCUGUGCAGAUCUCUUUCGCCUUGUUCCCUUCAUGGUCUUUGUAAUUGUCCCAUUUAUGGAAUUUCUCCUGCCUGUAUUUCUAAAAUUCUUUCCAGAAAUGCUCCCGUCAACUUUUGAAACAGAAUCAAAAAAGGAAGAAAAACAGAAGAAAGCACUUGCUGCUAAACUCGAGAUGGCAAAGUUCCUUCAGGAGACUAUUGCUGAGAUGGCAAGGCGAAACAAAGCACAAACAGCAAAUGAAGCCCAAAAGUUUUCAACUUAUGUCGAACAGGUUCGGCAUACUGGAGAGCAACCAGCUACAAAGGACAUAAUUCGUUUCUCUAAGCUCUUUGAGGAUGAGCUUACCUUGGAGCACUUGGAGCGCCCUCAACUGGUUGCCUUAUGCAAAUUGUUAGAACUCCAGGCAAUUGGAACCAACAAUCUCCUUCGUUUCCAGCUUCUUAUGAAGCUGAGGUCUAUCAAAGCUGAUGAUGAGAUGAUUGCUAAGGAAGGUGUGGCUGCUAUGAGUGUUAUGGAGCUUCAAGCUGCAUGUAGGAGUCGGGGGAUGCGAUCACUAGGACUAACAGAGGACCAACUUAGAGAACAACUGACACAGUGGGUGGAUCUUCACUUAAAGGAAAAUGUUCCUCCCUCUCUUCUUUUACUCUCCCGUGCCAUGUAUUUGACUGACAUUAAAGCAAAACCUCCCAUCAUCCCACCUGUACCAAAUAUCCAGACUGCUGCUCCUGCCGCUACAAAUAAAGAAGCCCCAACUAAUGAAAAAAUAUUAACACCCACCACAGAGACCCUAAAGGAUCCAGCUGAAGUAAUUCAUGGUAUCAAGGUAUUUUCAUUCUCCUACUAUUCACCAUUCUUUGGGAUCAGACGUCGGUUUCCUCUGGGAGAGAGACUUGAAGAUCAGACUGCAGAAAUCAUUAGCAGCAAAUCAGCAAAGGCCGCUGAACUUGCUACUUGUAAAGGUUCAGCAGAUGCCCAGAAGUCCCAAGCCAGUGCUAAUGGCAUCUGAAGAUUGUCAGUCUAUGGAAAAUAACAAAAAAAGAAGUUAACAGAAUUGGACUAAACUGUUCCUGACAGACCAAUUGUGUUUUUGAAAAUUGUUUGGUAAAGAUUUGCCAUAGCUGUGUUUAAAAAAAAUAUAUAUAUAUUAAAGUCUUUACCCUAUUUAUCAUGUCAUGGUUAGCAUAACUAAAUCCGUAUCUGGUGAAAAUUUUUAUAUAUAAAUUUCCAGUCACCCACUUUUUUUCUACAUAGAUCUUAUAUGUAGAAUAAUUAUGUGUUAUUAAAGGCAACUUUGAUAAAAGUUGCAAAUAAUGUAUAUUUACAUAUUUCAACUGCUAAUAACUGUAAAAAAAAAUAAAGUUUAUAUUUAUAAAUAUUUCUCUUAAAGGGAAUUCCAUAUAUUUUAAACCUCGUAACACAGUGAGGUAAUUUAUUUGGCCUUUUUUUAACCUGUAAGGGGAAUUUUAACUCAUUACAUAUUGUUGCUAAAAUGCAUUGCCUUUUUCUUUUUGUACUGUUUUGUUAAUGCAAUGUGUGAAAGAAUAUACUUUGUUGACAAGCAGACUUUCUGAAGUUGAAAGUUUGUGUUUGGAUCACUGUACUGUCAAAAUCAUUACUCUGUGUAGAAAGAAUAAGGUUAAAAUUGCUCCUUUUGCAAUUAGAUUUAAAGUUUAGUUUGAUAAAUCAUAUUUUUGUGGAAGAUAGCUUUGGAGGAGGUGUGCUUGUAUGUUGUUUUAAGUUCCAGUGGUCUUAACUCAUGGACAUGUUCUUUUUCAGGACUGACCAUACAAAAGACAAGCUUUUGUUUUGAGUUCACUGUAGUAAAAUAUUUAUUAUCUGCAGUUAAUGUCCAAAACAUAAACAUAAAAAAAGCAAUAACCCACUGGAUGUUGCAGAGUAGCCUUACAAAAAUCUGCAUCUAUUCCUCAAAUUAUUUCUUCUUCUAAUUGCUAAUGUGUUCUCCAUCUCUAUUUAAACUUAUUUUUCAUUAUGCUGGAGAUAUAAUCCAAAAUCACAUCUUUGGUUGUAGAGUUCAAGAUUUUUCUCACCAAAUGGCUUUACCUAAAUGAUUUAUGGCCACAAAGUCAUUCAGUAUGUGCUGAUACUUUUGUUACUGAACAAAAUCUAUAAUUUAUUAUAGUAUUUAUCUUCAUUUUUAGUUUGAUACACAAAUUAAUAAUUUAAAACAAAGAUUUUGGAAGAUGGUUUAAACAUAUUGUUAAAAAUAGCACUCCUUAAUCACUUCUAGAAUAUUUUUACAUUAACUUUAUCAUCUGUCACCUGUGCUAUACUCAAGCAAAAUGGGAAAAAAAUCCCCUGUAUAUGCUGUGUAAUGUUUGUAAUUCCUUAAUACAGUUGUCCUUUUCACAUUUAUUUUAAAUUGCAGAGACAACUGAAAUCACUUUACUAUUGUGGUCUUUCUUUUUUUUGUAUUUUUUUUGCCUUUUUUUUUUUUUUUUAAUUUUUUUGUUGAAGCUUGAAUGAAGCUUUAUAUUAUAUAGAGUGUAUGACUGUUUACAUGCUAUGCAAACUUCAGUUAAACUUGCGGUUUAAUUUUAAAAGUAUACAUCUGUGUAUUACACACAUUGCUCACACAGACAUAUAUUUUUGUAUGUGUAUGUUUAUACAGUAUAUUUAAAAAUGCAUAAAUAUAUAGCAUGUAUUUGUGAGUGUGUGUAAUAUACUGUGUAAUCCCUGUAUCACUUUACAAGAUGUUAAAUACAAGAACAUAAAAAUAAAAUGUAAAUAUUCUUAAAGUACUAAACUCCGAGUUAAUACCUUAGAUUAUUCUAAUAUGGUGCUAAGUGACAUUUUGUUGUGUAAUACUGUAGUUUACAAAUAGAUGAGCAGAUAUCAUAUUUUGGCAUGUCAUCUUAUAACUUUGAACUAGAACAUCCAAUUCUUUAUUUAUUCUGUUCUCGGAAAAAGUAGCAUUUCUCCUGUUGUUUAGAUAAAUGUCUAAUACACAUUGAAAAAAUACCGUCAUAUGCAAUAACAACUUGAUCUCUCUGAAAACGUAUGUCUUCAGUUAAAAUAAUGUAUGUGUACUGUACUGUGCAAAAAAUCAUAGUCCACCCAAGAAGCUUAUUUAUAAUUAAUCAUCUGAACAGGGUUUAUUUGCUCACGAAAGCAAUAUAUAACAUUAAAUUAAACACAAACAUUGAUACAAUAAAAGUAUCUUGUGUUUUUAAAAGUAUUUUGAAUGUCCUACCUUAGAAAACAAAACUGAAGUAAUUCACUUUGGUUCACUGCUGUAUAAUUUAUUUCAAGUAGGCCUGUGGAAAAUUCUUUGAAGGUUCUUGCUUAUAGAAUCUUCCAUAAUUCCUCAUUUGACUUUUUUUUCUUUCUUUUUUUUUCUUCCUGUGAAAGAGAUUCAACAGCCUCACUCAGGUUUUACAGUGGCAUGCUAAAGGCUUGGGCUCCCCAAGAUAUUUGAGAUCCUAGUAAACUUUUCCCAAGGUCUCCGACCUUCAUUGGCUUGUUAGGGCUAUUGCUUGUUCACAGUCAUUGUUAGAAAACCUCAGGUAAUAUAAAUUUGCAAAGCUGUAUAAAUUCUGUGACUACUCAAACCUUGUCCCAACAAUCGGCAGCCAUGAACUCCUCACAAAGCAGGAGAAGGCUACAAGAAGAUAACAAAGCAUGUAGAGGUAGCUGUUUCCUCAGUUUGUAAUGUUAUUAAGAAAUGGCAAUUAACAGGAACGGUGGAGGUCAAGUUGAGGUCUGAUAGCCCAAGAAAACAUUCUGAAAGAACUGCUUGUUGGAUUGCUAGAAUGAUAAAUAAAAACACCUUUUUAACUGCAAAUGACCUUCUAGAAGAUUUAGCAGGAUCUGGAGUGGUGGUGCACUGUUCUACUGUGCAGCGACACCUGAACAAAUAUAACCUGCGUGGUAGAUUCAGCAGAACAAAACCUUUCCUGCAUUCUAGCCACAAAAUUUGGUGCCUAAAGUUUCCAAAAUACAUCAGGCUUGCUUAUAGAUGUUCAUUUGCAAACAAGUCCUCUGGCCUAAUGAAGACAAAGUAGAACACAGUUGGUCACAAUGUACAAAGGUAUGUUUGGAGAAAAAAGGGUGCAGAAUUCCUGGAAAAGAACAUCUCUCCAACUAUUAAGCAUGGGAGUGCAUCAAUCAUGCUUUCGUCUUGUGUUGCAGUCAGUAGCACAGGAAACAUGUCAUUGGAAGAGAGAAGAAUGGAUUU